CUAUAAUAACCAUCAUGAACGACACAGAAAAAAGGAAAAUGCAUAUCCAGAGAGGAGAUUGUUAGAGAGAAAUGGCUUGUCGUCGUCACUUACUGCUUCACCAAAUCUUGCCGUUACUGGUGGUGUUAAGCAGAGGCCUAGAAGCUGCGGAUUAUGAAUAUCCAAUGGCAAAGCCGGGAUGCAGGGAGACCUGUGAAAAAUCACGUGUUAAAAUCCCAUACCCAUUUGGGAUUGGAGCUGACUGUGCCAUGGCUGAAGGGUUUCAAGUGACCUGUGAAACCAGCUUCAACACACCAAAACCAUUCUUAACCAGUAUCAAUAGGGAACUACUGCAUGUUGAUCUAGAAGAAGCAACAGUUCUUGUUAAUGGUCCUAUCAUCUCCUCAAACUGCGAAAAUCAACUUGUUAGUGCUGAAAAUUUUCUGUUGCUGGGCAGCCCCUUUUUCUUCUCGGACACCCGGAACAGAUUCACUGCUCUGGGAUGUGACAAUCUUGCAUUGAUCAAUCGGCAAGACAAGGUCAUUGGUGGUUGCUUAUCGAUCUGUAACACAUCUACCACCACCAGCUCUGAAGAUAAACAUAGCUGCUUCGGGCUCAACUGUUGCCAGACUAAAAUCCCACCAUUUCUUCAGUUCAUUAAUGCAACCUUGAGAAGCAUUGACCCCCAAAAUGACAAGAAGGGCUGCAGGUUUGCGUUCUUGGCUGAUCAAGAUUGGUUCAGUAGUCAAAACCUAGACAGCCUCUUUUCUUCAAGGCUCAUGGAAGAUGUUCCUGUAACAUUAGAGUGGAGUAUUAGUAAUGGGACCUGCAUAUCUGAUAGAGCUGGUCCAUAUUCUUCUACGAAUCAUGCACAUCCUGAUUUCAUAGUAGAACAUUUAAGUUCUUCUUGUAGCGUUAGCUCUCGUUGUCGGAAUUCCACUGCAUUGUUUGGACGCUAUCGAUGUCAUUGUAGAUAUGGUUUCCAAGGCAACCCUUACCUUCCAGAUGGAUGUCAAGAUAUUGAUGAGUGUGCGGAUCCAAGAAGAAACUAUUGUGGAAAGAAUUGUAUUAAUUUAGAAGGAAGCUUCUUCUGUUCUGAUAAUAGUAAAGUGCAGCAUGAUAAAGCGAUUAUUAUUGGUGUUUGUACAGGUCUUGGAGUUCUAUUUGCUCUUGUUGGUUCCUGGUGGUUGUACAGGGUAGCAAAAAGAAGAAAGAACUUGAAGAUGAAGCAGAAGUUUUUUAAGCGAAAUGGUGGCUUACUGCUACAGCAACAGUUACUUUCAAAUGAAGGCAAUGUUCCUACCAUAAAAAUGUUCACUUCAAAAGAGUUGGAGAAAGCAACUGAUCAAUUCAACGACAAUCGGGUUCUUGGCCAAGGAGGCCAGGGCACAGUUUACAAAGGGAUGUUAGCGGAUGGAAGGAUUGUAGCAGUUAAAAAGUCGAAGAUAGUUGACGAAGGAAAGCUCCAGGAAUUCAUCAACGAAGUUGUGAUUUUAUCACAAAUAAGCCAUAGGAAUGUUGUGAAGUUACUCGGUUGCUGCUUGGAGACUGAAGUUCCUCUUCUGGUCUAUGAGUUCAUCCCCAAUGGCACACUUUACCAAUACAUCCAUGAUCAAAAUGAAGACUUCCCAUUAACCUGGGAAAUUCGCUUAAGGCUUGCAAUAGAGGUUGCAAGUGCUCUGUCUUAUUUACACUCGUCAGCCUCUGUACCCAUCUAUCAUCGAGACAUCAAGUCCAAAAAUAUACUUUUAGAUGAAAAAUACAGAGCCAAAGUGUCAGAUUUUGGGACUUCAAGAUCAAUUUCUGUUGAUCAGACACAUCUAACAACUAGAGUACAAGGAACCUUUGGGUACCUGGAUCCGGAGUACUUCCAGUCAAGCCAGUUUACAGAGAAAAGCGAUGUGUAUAGCUUUGGUGUAGUUCUUGCAGAGUUAUUAACAGGGAAGAAACCAAUCUCUCUGGUUAGAUCAGAAGAAGAGAAAGCCCUGGCAACCCAUUUUCUCCUGGCAAUGGAGGAGAACCGUUUGUUUGAAAUUGUUGACGUCCGAGUUCUUAAAGGAGGAAAAGAAGAGGUUACGACAGUCGCCAUGAUUGCAGAACGGUGUCUAAACUUGAAUGGGAAGAAGAGACCGACAAUGAAAGAAGUUGCAGCAGAGUUGGAGGGGAUUAGACUGUCAUCAAAUGGAGCUGCUAACACAGUGCAAGAAAAUGGAGAAGAGUACGAGGAUCCUGCUACCGAAAUGACAGGGCCAUGGGAUGCUACUUCAACUUCAAGUGCUCCGUCUUUAGAUAAUAGCACUGUUAUUUUGUCAGUUGAUGUUCAGCCAUUACUGUGAACGCAUGAUAAUAACAUGACAAGCCCAUAAAUUCUUCAUAUUUAGGUUAUUCAAUCAAUUUCCUCAGUUAUGGACCCAUUAAAACAAUGGUGCAUGUCUCCAGUCUUAUUUUAACUUAUUGACUAAGCUCAAAUCCAACUAUUGCAGGUGUUUGCUGUAAUGUCCAUGAGAGUGGUGGCACCUAAUGUAUGGAAUAGAACUUCUCUGGUCUUAUUGGUUAGGUGGAGUGCUUCUCUUGUAUUAAUUAUCUUUUUUGUUUAAAAGUUCUCUUGAGUAGGAUUAUGAAUAUGAUUAGUGAUUAAUUAUUAA